UUGCCGACACCAUCUUUCCCCUUCUCCGCUUGCUGCCUUCCACUGCUUUUCUGCUGCUGCUCCUCUUCCCUCUGCCACUGCCUCCAGUGCAAGGACAUCCUUGUAGCAUCUUUGCAGCUCAGUAUCACACUGCAAGGAAGAGGCCUUUCCUCAAAGCAAGGUAUGGCAGUUAUGGUAGUCACAGAGAGGGUGGUCACCACUGCCAUUUUGCUACCACCAUGGCAAACAUUGUUGAAAGUUUGUCUCUGCUAAACUUUAAAGUUCAACAGAGGGCCAAGUGUCAGUGGUGCCUCAGUCACAAUGCCUUGUGCUCUUUCUCUCUGCAGAUCAGCUGUUCCUACCAUCAAAGCAUUAUUUGCAUUCAGCUUGGCCCUUUUGAGCUUUGUAGCUGUUUUUCUACAUUGACCCCUCUCAAGAGAUUUAGUUGUAUCUCAUGGGUGGCAUUCAACUAACUCCUUGCCCUGUUUUCUCCCAGUGGCUCCAAUUUCCUUAUCGUGAUCCCCUGAAGGCAGCCAUUUCUGGAUUUCUUCUUCUGCUGUUCCUAGAAAGAAUCGUGGCUGCUACUUGCACCAUCUGCUCCCUCUGUUUGCACCCUUUGGAGGUUUCUAGCUGCAGAUCAGUUAGCAGCCCUCCCACUUCUGGCAGGAUGGAGGCAGAGUAAAAAUUGCCAGCCAACUUGAAGAUGAAAUCCCCAACAAUACUGCAAGCCCAGCUUUCUGCAGUUUCUCCAUUAUAGGUUGAAGCUCUGCUGCUGUCCCAGGGUUUCAAAAAUAGAUCUUACCACGCUGAACUUUCACUUCCUCAUGUUUCAGCACGUGGAAAUUGUGCAACGUCUUAAGCACAGCUUCUUUAAUUGUAAACCUCUUAAAUCUUAUCACUAGAUCUCUCACUUCACCGCUGUUUGGCUCCCUUGGACUGGGGGCCCCAUAAGCUUGUUCAGUGUCCUGCCAGGUCACUUCUACUGGCAAUUUCAAGUCCUGGAACCAGUGUGAUAUAAAUGACGCGGGGCCCUCCCAUUCCUCUCUCCAGAAGGCCCAGAUCUGAAGAUAAGAUUUUACCCUGCAUGUUCUCCUGCUUCUCCACGCAUAAUUGUAAGUCUCUAGCUGCCAUUUUCAAUUUCAGCAGCUAGCUCUUUUCGGAGCAUUUUAAGGCAGAAGGAGCAAGGGGUCUACAUUGCAGCUUCCAUUCACCUGUCCACCUCUGUGCAGUCCUAUAGAAGAGUCACAGUCUUGUCUUCAUAGAAUUGUAGAGCUGGAAGGGACCAUGAAUGUCAUCUAGUCCAUCCCCUGCAGUGCAGGACUCUUUUGCCCGAUGAGCCAAAACCACCACAGUCAUGGCGGAACUUCAACGUCUUCCCUCCUUGAAACGAGUGGCCGUUUCUGGGGGCACCCAUGGGAAUGAGAUGUCGGGAGUUUACCUGGCCAAGCACUGGCUCAGGGACCCCUCUGAGUUGCAACGUGGCACCUUCCAAGCUACGCCCUUCCUGGGCAACCCACGGGCAGUUGAGCAAUGUGUGCGCUACAUUGGGAGGGAUCUUAAUCGGGCUUUCCUCAAUGAAUUUCUCACCUCCAAGGACUCUGACAUAGACCACUAUGAAGUUCAACGUGCUCAGGAGAUCAACCAGAGUUUUGGGCCCAGGGGUUCAUCUCAGGCCUAUGACUUUAUGUUUGACCUACAUAACACCACAGCCAACAUGGGCGCAUGCCUUUUCGUGGCCACUGAGCACUGCCUGUUGCCCAUGCACAUGUGUCACUACAUUCAGAAGCAUUAUUCAAUGGGGCCCUGCACCAUCUUCCUUUAUCAGAAGCCAGGAGAGGAGACUCUUUACCUCACUUCAGUGGCCAAAGCUGGAAUAGCGUUAGAGCUGGGUCCUCAGCCCCAAGGAGUGGCGCGAGCUGACUGCCUUGCUCAGAUGAGAUCCAUCAUGGCCUGUGCUCUGGACUUCAUUGAGCUUUUUAACAAAGGCACAUUGUUCCCAGCCUUUGAGAUUGAAGCAUACAAGGUGGUUGAACGUGUGGAUUUUCCCCGUUAUCCUGAUGGUGAGAUCUCUGCUGUGAUACAUCCCAAUCUGCAGGAUAAAGAUUUCCAGCCCCUGAAGCCCGGGGACCCCAUUUUCCAGACGCUCAGUGGAGAUGUGAUUCUGUAUGAGGGUGACAGCAUCACCUACCCAGCCUUCAUCAAUGAGGCAGCCUACUAUGAGAAGAAAGUGGCCUUCGUCAAGAUGGAGAAACGCACAUUCGCCCAACCUGCACUGCAGAAGGAGCUUUAAAUAAGUCACGUUUAAUCCCGGGAACAAACCAGACAUCACCAGAAGCCAGUUCAAAUGAAUACAUUUUAUAUCGUCUAAGAAGCCUCUGUAGGGUACCUUGCCUAGGCACCGUAUAUUUGCACAAAAAAUAAAGAGUCCUUGUAUAA